AGUCUGGUUUUUGGUUACUUAGUCAACUUGGGGAGCCUCACCUGAAAGGCCAGCCGGGGAACCAAAACGAGAGAAGAGCCAACGCCGAUAACCUUCGCUCCCAUACAGACCCGUUACCCUUUACUGUCUUCCACCACCCAUCCAUCAAUCAUCCUUCAUCUUAAGCUCCCCUGGAGACUCUUAUCCGCUAUUGUCCUUUGACAGAACCCAUAUCCCAAAUCCCUUUUCUUGUUUUCUUGUUUCUCGUCUCCCCGACUCAAACCAUUUCCCCCUUUAAACCACUUUAUUCUCUUCCCUCUCCCUAUAAUUAAAUCAGUGCCGUUGCACCUGCACCAUGGCCGAAAUCCGUCGCAAGCUUGUCAUCGUCGGUGAUGGUGCCUGCGGUAAGACUUGUCUUUUGAUUGUCUUCUCCAAGGGUACCUUCCCUGAGGUUUAUGUCCCCACUGUCUUCGAGAACUAUGUUGCCGAUGUCGAGGUUGAUGGCAAGCGUGUCGAGCUCGCUCUUUGGGAUACGGCUGGUCAGGAAGAUUAUGACCGUCUCCGUCCUCUCUCGUACCCCGACUCUCACGUCAUCUUGAUCUGCUUCGCAGUUGACUCGCCUGAUUCCCUUGACAACGUUCAGGAGAAGUGGAUUUCCGAGGUGCUUCACUUUUGCCAGGGACUCCCUAUCAUUCUCGUCGGAUGCAAGAAGGAUCUUCGCAAUGACCCCAAGACCAUUGAGGAAUUGACCAAGACCUCCCAGAAGCCAGUCACCGCCGAACAGGGUGAGGAAGUUCGCAAGAAGAUCGGAGCUUACAAGUACCUCGAAUGCUCUGCACGAACCAACGAGGGUGUCCGUGAGGUCUUCGAGGCUGCCACCCGGGCUGCUCUCUUGACCAAGACUCACAAGAAGAAGAAGGGGUGCACCAUCCUGUAAACUAGUUUUGUCUCCUUCACAAAAGGUCUGUGUUUAAUGCGGAGAUUAUAUGAACGGAUAAGGGUCUCGACUAUUUGGUGUUUUCUUUUACUCAGAAAGGGGUCCUCCGUUGGCGUGUUCCGAUCUGUGCCUGGAUGCGAGUGUGGAUAAUGUUCAAUCACGGGCACACGAGGUUUAUGGGAUUAUCUGGCUAUGCAGUUGGUCGACUUUCUUGUUUUGCAGACUUCUUCUAUUUUAUUUCUAGGGAGGCGUUGUCUUCAUAACCUUGUGGGUUUUCUUCUCUUUUCCAACUCCCCGUACGCCCACGAGGCGGUUCGAUCACUAUGGCAGAGGAUGGCCAUUUCGCUGGCAGGAAAACAGGGUCAUCAAUAACCGGAUAGUGCAGAUCGGAAAUGAGCUAUUGAGGAUGGCGUUGUCUCGUGCGUGUCCCGUCAGUCAAGGAUCUCCGGGAGGUUGAUAAAGAAAGUCGGAUUUCGUGAUACGAUAGAUGAUUCCUAUCACUUCGGAUUUCCCCAGCAGAGUUCUUCUUUAUUCCUUUGUGUGUUGCUUUCGGUUAAGAGAAUGUAUGGAUUCACUUUGUCUUUUGGUUUUGGCCAGUUUCUCGACGCUGUUAUUCCCUUGAUCAAUCAGAGCUUUGAUGGGGAACCAAACAACAUCAUCACCCCUAACAUAUUUAUUUACUAAUCAAUGCACAUCCUACUCCUUUGCGAUUUGCAUCUGCAUGGUUCU